GGCCCACUGGUCCCCAUUGCGUAGUCGUGCGCGCACAUCACUUACUACGACCAGAGAAAUAAUAUAAUCACAGCCGGGGACGCACGCGACCGCUCCUCUGCCAGUUGCUCCACCCUCCUUCUUCGCAGGUUGGGAACUUGAUCUCCACCAUGGCCGACAUCUCGCGCGACCACAACCUCUCGCCCAUGCCCGGUGUCGUUCCCAAUCCAGACCCUGCCUUGGAUAUCGACAAGGAGCAUCAUCAUGAGCACCUGCACCACAGCUCGCUCGCUGAGAAGGGCCACACGGCCGCCGACCAUCCUGCCUACACCAUCGGCACCACCUUCAACGAGCCGCACGUAAUCCCGGAACCGAGUCCUAACGAUGAUGCGCUGCAUCGCCGCUCCUUGCGUGACCAACGCCUUGACCCUGACGUCGAGAAGAAGGGCGCUCUCGAGCUGGAAGAGAAGGGAAGCUUGGGCAACGGUCACGCGUCAACCGAGCAGGAAGGCAUCGAGGAGCCUCAGCGACGUACGUUCCGAGCCUUUUACAGACGCUACCGCGUCUUCUUCCACAUCUUCAUCGGAGCUUUGUUCACCGGAUGGUGGAUUGCGAGUCUUGUCCUGCACCACCAUGACAAGAACUGGAUCAUCCCAUUCCUGUUCUGGCUUUGCAUCAUGCUGAGGCUCGUCUUCUUCUACGUUCCAAUCACCGUCGUCACGCGGCCGAUGCAUUUCGUAUGGAGACACACGGGUGUGAGGUUCGCCAGCUUGAUUCCGGAGAAACUGCGAGUUCCCCUUGGCGCCGCCUUGGUCAUUGCAGUCAUCAUCGUUGGUUCUUUCGCGAGCAAGGAGAGCGCCGAUAACACCCGUGCCAACCGCGCUGUCAGCUUGUUCGGUCUGGUGGUAUUCUUGUUUUGUUUCUGGGCGACUUCCCGGAAUAGGAGGAAGAUCGUCUGGCACACCGUCAUUGUCGGCAUGCUCGUACAGUUCAUCGUCGCUCUGUUCGUCUUGAGAACGAAAGCUGGAUACGACAUCUUCUCCUUCGUUUCCGAGCUUGCUCGCAGCCUUCUCGGCUACGCCAAAGAAGGCACCGCAUUCUUGACCAACCCGGACACAGCCCAGCUCGGCAUGUUCUUCUUCAGCGUGAUUCCCGCCAUCAUCUUCUUCGUGGCCUUUGUCCAGUUGCUGUACUACUGGGGAAUCCUCCAGUGGUUCAUUGGCAAGUUCUCCGUCUUCUUCUUCUGGUCCAUGCGCGUCUCCGGUGCCGAGGCCGUGGUCGCAUCCGCGUCACCGUUCAUCGGUCAGGGAGAGUCGGCCAUGUUGAUCAGGCCUUUCGUCGCCCAUCUCACCAAGGCCGAGAUCCACCAGGUUAUGACGUCUGGAUUCGCUACUAUCGCGGGUAGCGUGCUGGUGGCUUACAUCGGUAUGGGCAUCAAUCCCCAAGCGUUGAUUUCAUCCUGUGUGAUGAGCAUUCCGGCUUCCCUGGCCAUCAGCAAACUCCGGUACCCAGAGGAGGAGGAAACCCUUACUGCUGGCCGCGUCGUCAUCCCCGACGAUGAGGAGCACAGAGCUGCCAAUGCCCUGCAUGCAUUUGCCGAAGGUGCAUGGCUGGGUUUGAAGAUCGCGGGCAUGAUUGUGUGCACGCUUCUUUGCAUUAUCGCUUUCCUGAAUCUCAUCGAUGGCCUCCUCACCUGGUGGGGACGCUACAUCAAUCUGGACGGUGACUACGACCUUACUCUUGAACUUAUCCUCGGAUACGUCUGCUACCCGAUUGCGUUCCUGCUUGGAGUAUCCCGCCAGGGUAAGGACUUGCUCCUGGUCGGUAGGUUGAUUGGAAUCAAGGUCAUCGCGAACGAGUUCGUGGCUUUCUCUAGGUUGCAAGGUCUGGAUGUCCCCAAGGGCCAGGUCUCCGAGUACCUUUCCUUGUCGCCUCGUUCCCGUUUGAUCGCCACGUACGCCAUCUGCGGCUUCGGAAACAUAGGAUCUCUGGGGACCCAGAUUGGUGUGCUGAGCCAGAUCAGCCCAAGCAGAAGUGGCGAUGUUUCCCGUCUGGCUCUUAGCGCUCUGAUCUCUGGUGUCAUCUCGACCUUGACCAGUGCCAGUAUCGCCGGACUUCUUGUUACCGACCAGGCGGCAUUCACUUCUUAACGUCUUGAUGCCUCGAAGAGCGCGCUGAGGACACUUGCUCCCGAUAUGUCAGCGACGCAAGUUCGACUGUAUGAUAGAUUCAGGUGGAAUGAAUAUACCCAUUUCUCGACCAGUUCCAAACGACUGUGCGUCGAACCCAUGU